CAAGCGGUGCUGGGGAGCUGCAUGACAGCGGCAGCAGAGGGAGAGAGAGGCUGCACGUCGUACAAACAGGCGGGCUUUGGAUCCGUUUCGGUCCGGCGGCUGCUUGGAGUGGCCGCCUUCCUCUGCUGGAGGCAAACAGCAGUCUGGAUAACACUCAGGGGGAAGGAAUGAGUCAGAGAAAUUAUAAAAACACCAGCUAAAGACUAAUUAAUGAAAAUAAAUAAAUAAAAAUAAUAAAAAGGUGGGAGCGACGUCGUCUUGGAGGAGCAGAGGCCGGACCGGACAGUGACCUCAGCGGAGGAGCAGAGCCAUCAUCAUCAUCAUCAUCAUCAUCAUCAUCAUCAUCAUCUUCAGCAGCAGCAGCAGCAGCGGACAGCCAUGGCCGAUGCAGAGCUGGACUUCCAGACCGGUGAUGCCGGGGCGUCUGCCACCUUCCCCAUGCAGUGCUCCGCGCUCCGCAAAAACGGCUUCGUGGUGCUCAAAGGUCGACCCUGCAAGAUCGUUGAGAUGUCCACCUCCAAAACCGGCAAGCACGGCCACGCCAAGGUUCAUAUGGUUGGCAUCGACAUUUUCUCCGGUAAGAAGUAUGAAGACAUUUGUCCUUCCACCCACAACAUGGACGUCCCCAACAUCAAAAGAAUGGAUUACCAACUGAUUGGGAUCCAGGACGGCUACCUCUCCCUGCUCCAGGACAGCGGGGAGGUGAGGGAGGACCUGAAGCUUCCCGAGGGAGACCUGGGGAAGGAAAUCGAGAGCAGACACGAAGCCGGAGAGGAGAUCCUGAUCACUGUUCUAAAUGCAAUGGACGAGGAAGCUGCAGUCGGUAUAAAAGCCUUGGGUAAAUAAGCCACAGCAGAUACAAACAAGAUGAACUGGACCUGGAGGAAAAGGAGAGGCUGAUGCAUCGUCCAAGCCAGUCUCCCUCCCUUCUCUUUCUCUUUCUUUUUUCCGUUCUUGCUUUCCGCCUCUCCUUUGGGUUCAUCUAGACGACUUGAAUAAAUAUCUGGAAGCAA